CUUCAAGAGAGUCCUGAGCGAAAGUGCGCGAGCUGACAACACUGAGGAGCCACCGCAACAACUUUCCCAUUACUGGAAAUUAAAAAGGGAAUUUAAGGGAAUAACUUUUCAUAACUGUUUACAUUUGUUUUGUAUUUAAAUUUUUAUUUAGUUUACUGACAACUCACGGAGUUUUCUGUCAAGCUUUUUUGGCUCUAUGAGAGUUUGAAGAAGAAUAUAAAUCACUUUAUUUUUUCGACGCUGGAGAAAAGGGUUGUGAUAAACUAAUAAAUGAGGAAUAACAGGUGUCAACACGAAUGUAAAUAAAAAAGCACAAACAAAUACUUGGGACAGCUGUAAUAAAGAGUUUGUUUUGCGCGUGGACUGAAAGAUGUAUCACUGAAACAACACUGGUACUGAGUAACCGUCGCAGGGUAAUUUCUAGUCACCUGGCACCUAGCUCUUGAACAGAUGUCUGAGGAGGAGCACAGCCACUGUGCCAGACCUCCUGAUGGAGUCCAACCAGACAGCCGGCCCCUGGAAGCCCUCACAGCCCCAUGCCCAGAAGGAGAUGAAACUGGUGAGCUGACAGCACCGAAUUCAAACACCCCACCAAUGGAAAAGACGAUGGAGAAUGGCAACAACAACAACAGCCUAUUCCAGCCAGACCAGACCAGGACUUCUGGCAAAAGCAUAACAUAUCAACCUCAGGCACAGUCUACACCCAUACACCCCACGCUAGUAAGGAGUGACAGCAAGCCUCACAGUAACGGGGUUAGGAAUGGAACCUUUUCACGAGCCACCUCUUCAUCAUCUUCAUCUUCAGCCCAUAAAAACCCCAAAAAGCUGCAGUCAAACCCAUCCAUCAAUAGUCAAAGCAGCAAGAGGAGCAAAGGUAGCUCCAAAUCCAACAGCUCCCAGAUACCCACAGAGGCCCAGGAUGAUUGCUGUGUCCACUGCAUCCUGGCCUGUCUGUUCUGUGAGUUUCUCACACUGUGUAACAUCAUGCUGGACUGUGCCACAUGUGGUUCCUGCGCAUCAGACGACUCGUGUUUCUGCUGCUGCUGCGCAUCAGAGGAAUGUGGCGACUGCGACCUGCCCUGUGACAUGGAUUGCGGAAUUAUCGAUGCAUGCUGCGAGUCUGCAGACUGUCUUGAGAUCUGCAUGGAAUGCUGCGGGCUGUGCUUUUCCUCCUGAGACUCCUGUAGGGGCGCUGCCCCUCUCACUGAUUUGGAACCCUAUGAAAAAGCAAGCAAAAUAUAAGCAGACCAGAGCCAAAGGCAAUCAUAAGACUUGUCUUUCGGCUUGCAAGUCACCACCCCAGAGUGGAAGAGAGUUCUGAUUACAUUCCGGUAGCUUUCUUUUGAACUGUAUUGUUGAAGGCAGGCUUACAGUAGCUGUUGCACACUAGCGGGGUUAUCCAGCAACUUUAUAGGAAGUGACUUUCUACUCAUUCUGGACUUGAAUAGUUUCUGGAUUCUACUUAUAAUAUAAAUGUAACCCUAUGUAUUGAGUCUGCUUUGGCAUAGUGAUGAAUGCAAAUGCUUAUACAUUCAGACUUGAGGUCACUGAGAAAACGGCUCUAUUUGUGGGUCCAAAAACUAGGAAUGAGUGGUUCAAGCUAGUUUCUUUCUUUAAAUGUCAGUGUUUGUUAAUUGUUUGAAAUCGUCAGAAAGCUAAGCUUUUUUGAUAAAAUGCAAAAUAGCCACAAAAUCAUUCAGUGGUUUAGUAAUUCCACAAUAAUGCACAUCAUAAAAGCAUCUGCAUUAAAUCCAGAUGCACUGUUGAAGACAAUGUUGUCUCUUAAAAACAUUUAAAUUUGGAGUUCUCCAUGCAAAUUUAUCCACAGAUCUCAUUCAAAACGUAACUCACUAAAAUUGCACACAUAAUCUUUAAUGUUAAUUCCAAAUUUCACCUCUCAAUAUGCACUCUUACUUUAGUACACUGGCGUAAUCCUCUAGUCACAGUGAUCAAGACUACAAAAGCCAUAAAAACUGUGAGUAUGGACUCAUAGAUGUAUGCGAGUGGGAGAAAGACGUGUGUAUUUAAUAUAUGGUGCCAUGCCACAGUUGUAUAAUAGAUUGUACUUAAAAGUGUGAAGUUAGAGUCUUGUCAGUCUCUACUUUUAGUCCUGUGAUGUUCUUUCUCACUCUUUCUGUAUUUCUAUACUGUCAUUUCAUCAAUCAGUCAUUACUUUAGUUUUUUUAUAUUUCUUAAAAUACUGGAACAUUAUACUGUAAGCGGUUGUGAAUUACUCCCAUAUUUGUGUUUUUUUUUUUUUUUUUUGGUUUUAUUUUCCAAUGUGAAAUAAGUUGUCUUGUAAUUCCAACACAAUUUUGUGUGAAUUUAAAGUUUAGUUUACAUAUCAACUAUUGUCUUUUCAUGUAGUAAAUAACAUUAGUGUUAGAAGUAUUAUUUUCAAACAAAAGAGGUUUCCUUACAGUCUAAACAAGGUCUUGUGCAGCAAACAAAUCUUGAGAAUCAACACAUUAUACUCUCUGCAAAAUUAGCAUAAGGUAAAUCAUCUAAAAAAAGAUGGUGAAAACCAAUGCAUUGAUUUGCACUGUUAACGUUAAUGGAAUAUUCCAGGUUCAAGACAAGUUAAGCUCAAUCGACAGCAUUUGUGGCCUAAUGUUGAUUACCACAAAAUAUAAUUUAAGCAAAAAUCAAGGUUACAUCAAAGACAAUGGAAGUGAAUGGGGCCAAUUUUUGGAGGGUUUAAAGGCAGAAAUGUGAAGCUGAUAAUUUUAUAAAAACACUUACAUUAAUUCUUCUAUUAAAACUUGUGUAUUAUUUUGCUGUAAAUUUGUUUAAAUCAUCAUUUUUACGCUUGUUUUAGGGUUUACAGCAUAACAUCGUAAUGGCAACAAAGUUGUAAAAUUGUAUAUAACUUUACACAGAAAAGGUUAGUAGUGAAGAUUUUUUUGUGGUAAUCGACAUUAUGCCACAAAUGCUGUUGAUUGAGCUUAACUUGUAUUGAUCCCGGAAUAUUCCUUUUAAGAAUGAUUAUUUAUUUCAUUCUUGCCUUUAAACUGGAGAAAGAAAGCAUAUAUUUUAACUGGGCCAAUGUAGUGUUAAAGAAACAGGACAAAACAAAUCUAUCACUGUAAAAUAUUUUGCAUUCUAUCUGUAGAUAUAAUAACCAUUUUGUUUAUUGAUAUGAGAGGUAUCAAACUGUAAGUCAUCAGAGUUCAAAGAUUGCCAGAGUCCCCCAAAAUUUAUUUUAGGUCCUCUUUUGUGAGGAAAUUAAUCUGUUCUCAAAAGAGUGUGUCUGCUUUAACACAUUGCCAAUAACUAGAUCAAGUUAGUUGACGCAUGACAUGUCCAUGGACUUUUUUUAAAAUCAAAAUUAACCUUCUGCGUCCCUGCGUCCACAUGCGUGGACAUUGUAUUUGGGCUUUGUUAUAUGCAACAUGUAAAUAAUUUCAUUUAAACCAACUGAUCUCAGUUAAGGAGACUCUGCUGUCAUUAAAGGGUUAAACUUUUGAUGAGUUAUGUGACCAAACAACAUAACGUCGAUCACAGAGGAGUUUGUCUUUGGGAGAAAUGCCAACAAAACUACAUCUUCUAAGAAACCUAAUUAAGUUUUUACAUUGAAACCUGUUUGAGUCAAAAGAUUAGAGUCUCUAGUUUCAUCCGAUAUGCCAUUUUUUAAAUUUGUGCAAUUUAUCGCGAAACAGUGCACUGUUAAACACAAUGACCACGUCCGUGGACUGUAUGCUCAGUUUCAGUUAAAAUAUCCUAUAUUCACUGUGAAUAUAUCAAUGAAUGCAUCCAAAAGCUGUAAAAAAAAAUUAUUUCAGAGAUUGAGAUAGGAUGAAAAUACGGAGCUUUUCAAACUGUUCUGAGACCAGUGCAGACAGACAGCACACUGGAGGUGAAGUCAUUCACUAAAUAGGGAGCAAGGAAGCAUCCUAUAGCACUCCUAUGCAGCUAAAUGCAUUCAAUCCAAACUUCCUAUCAAAAGUUCAUUUUCCGGAUGCAGAUAAUGUUUGGACCACUAAACGUGUUUGGCAGACGUGGAACAAUGGUAAUCAGUACAUAGAUUUAGAAGGUAUAAUGUUAUUUUAACAUGGUAGGCAGUGAUUGGAUAAUGCUGGGUAUUGCUUUGAAUCAGAAUGAAUUCUGUUAAUUUCUGAUGUAAUCUCUGAAAUGUCUCAAAGACAUGAAUAACCAACAGUCCUGGAAACAAACAAUUUGAUAAAAAAAAUAAACAAAUAAAUAAAAAUCUGA